AUGCCACCUCCCCCUUACUCCCAUGCUUCUUCACUCUUUCUAUUUUUUCCUUCUGUGUCUUUAUCAAUGUCACGUCCCCCUUAUUCCCCUGCUCCUUCUUUCUCUCUAUUUUCUCCUUCUGUGACUUUAUCAAUUUUUCUUCUUCUUCUAUUAAUUUUUUCCAUCUGUGUCUUUAUCAAUGCCUUCUCCCCCUUAUUCUUCUCUCUUUGUAUUUUUUUCCUUCUGUGUCUUUAUCAAUGCCUUCUCCCUUACACCCCUGGUUCUUCUUUCUUUCUAUUUUUCCUUCUGUGUCUUUAUGCCCCCAUCCCCUUACUCCCCUUCCUUCUUCUCUCUAUUUUUCCUUCUGUGUCUUUAUCAAAUGCCCCAUCCCCUUAUUCCCCUGCUUCUUCUCUCUAUUUUUUCCUUCUUCUUUAUUUUUCCUUCUGUGUCUUUAUCAAUGCCUAUUUUCCCCCUUCAAUGCCUUCUCCCCAUCCCCCUGACCCCUGCUUCUUUCUCUUUCUAUUUUUCCUUCUGUGUCUUUUUAUCAAUGCCUUCUUUAUCAACUCCCCUUACUCCCCCUGGUUCUUCUCUCUUUUUUUCCUUUUUUUUUAUUUUUUUCCUUCUUCUGUGUCUUUUAUCAAUGCCCCAUCCCCAUCCCCUUACUCCCCUCUUCUUCUCUCUUUCUAUUUUUCCUUCUGUGUCUUUAUCAAUGCCCCAUUCUCUAUUUUUUUUUUUCCUUCCUUUAUCUGCCCCAUCCCCCUUCUUCUUCUUUUUCUUUAUUUUUUUCCUUCUGUGUCUUUAUCAAUGCCUUUAUUCCCCCUUACCCCCUGCUUCUUCUCUCUUUCUAAUUUUUCCUUCUGUGUCUUUAUCAAUGCCUUCUCCUUACACCCCUUCCUCUUUUAUUUCCCUUCUGUGUCUUUAUCAAUGCCCUUCCAUUUACUCCCCUGCUUCUUCUCUCUUUCUAUUUUUUCCUUCUGUCUUUAUCAAUGCCCCAUCCCCUUUCCCCUGCUUCUUCUCUCUUUCUCUUUUUUUCCUUCUGUGUCUUUAUCAAUGCCUUCCCCCCUUACUUUUUCUCUUUGUCCUUCCUUCUGUGUUUUAUUUAUUUUUUUUCCUUCCUUCUGUGUCUUUAUCAAUGCCCCAUCCCCCUUCUCUCCCCUGUCUUUUCUCUUUCUUUUUUUUCCUUCUGUGUCUUUAUCAAUGCCUUCUCCCAUACCCCCCUGGUCCCCCCUUUUUUUCCUUCCCCCUUACUCCCCUGUCUUUAUCAAUUCUUCUCUCUUUUCUUUCUAUUUUUUCCUUCUGUGUCUUUAUGAAUCCCUCCAUCUUCUUCUCUCUUUCUAUUUUCCUUCUGUGUCUUUAUCAAUGCCUUCUCCCCUUACCCCUUCCUUUAUUUCUUUUUUUUUUUUCCUUCUGUGUCUUUAUCAAUUCCCCUUACUCCCCUGCUUCUUCUCUCUUUCUAUUUUUCCUUCUGUGUCUUUUUCAAUUUCCAUCCUCCCCUGCUUCUUCUCUCUUUCUAAUUUUUCCUUCUGUUUCAAUUCCAUCCCCUUCCUCCCCUCUUCUCUCUUUCUAAUUUUCCUUCUGUGUCUUUAUCAAUGCCUUCUUCCCCCUGCUUCUCCUUUAUUUCUUUUUUUCCUUCUGUGUCUUUAUCAAUGCCCUUCUCCCACUUACUCCCCCCCUCUCUUCUUCUUCUCUCUUUCUAAUUUUACCUUCUGUGUCUUUAUCAAUGCCCCAUCCCCCUUACUCCCCUGCUUCUUCUCUCUUUCUAUUUUUUCCUUCUGUGACUUUAUCAAUGUUCCAUCCCCUUCCUCCCUCUUUCUAAUUUUUCCUUCUGUUCUUUAUCUCUCUCCUGGUCUUCUUUUUUCUAAUUUUUUCCUUCUGUGUCUUUAUCAAUGCCCCAUCCCCUUCCUCCCCUGCUACUUCUCUCUUUCUUUUUUUUCCUUCUGUGUCUUUAUUUUCUCCUUUAUUUUUUUUUUCCUUCUGUGUCUUUAUCAAUGCCCCAUUUUUCCCCUUUAUUACCCCUCCCCCCUUCUUCUUCUCUCUUUCUAUUUUUUCCUUCUGUGA